AAGGUGUAAGCCUCAAGCAUCAACAAUAGUUCACUGUUUUUCAGUCAAAAGCUUAUAAGGAAUGUAUUUGUUGUAUUUUCAUAAACAGUACACAUCAAAACAAACGUGAUCAAAAACGGUGUACAUACCAUAAGUGUUGUAAUAACGAGCCCAGAGCGCAUCCACCGCUGUAAGUCCCAGAAGUAACGAAAGGUAAGAGUCCAAAGUUUAACUUUCCAUUGCGCAUUUGUAAUCCAACGAAGCAGUAAUGUUGUAAUAUUCAUGUUUAUUCCUUUGUUUACAUCGCGUUUUUUAGUGAUGCAUUGUAGUACGUGUCGGUUACGUAAGAAAUAAUAGAUAAAAAUCGCGUCUUUGUAUCCGAAAGUUUCACUAUUAUGUAGCUUAGAGGGUAACAAACAAAGUAAGACCGCCCAUAAAUAAAAAGAAUGAAAAGAAAGGCGGUAUCUAUUUCAAAAUAUCCAAACAUAACAGCCAGAUUAUCUGACGUCACCACAUGGACAGCCUAUGAUUUUGUCUUUAUACUGGCAUCCAAUCAAAUGAUCGAAACUACGUGAUUGAUAGAAAAUGUAGCCAAUGAAACGACGAGUACAACGAUACCUGGGAUGAUUUAUGACUUAUAAAGGCAGGGUGUUAGAGUUGGUAUAGUUAGACGCUCUCUGGUAAGGUUGGUUGGCCAAGCUGUGACGCAAGCUGUGACCCACGCUGUGACUCUCCACUGUAAACAAACAAACGGACGGUCGCUCGCUCGCUUUGUAACAGUUGAAACUAAACGGACUAAAACUUAUUUAUAAGUUUAGUCAAAUGGAUCGUCUGAAGAAGAUUUUUUCAGCAGAAGAUGUUUUGUCCGAAAUUACUGGAAGCUACGAUGAUGAGCUUGAUGAAAGUGAAGACAGCGAUGGAGAUAUGCUCGAGGAAUGCGAAGACGAUCAUAUUAUAACUCACCAUCAAGCUGAGUCUUCAGAUGAGGAUUGGCAUCCAAGCACCAGCCAACCAGCAAAAAAGAGAUGCACCCUCUCAGAUUUAUCAAAAUCUGCUGUUUCAGACGAGAACCGACCACCGAAAGGGAGACAGAAAAAGAGUGGCAGAAAAACCCAGUCCUUGCCGGAUUUGACCUCAAACAUCCCUACAGCAAAGUGGAACGUUUCAACUGAUGAAGACAUUACACCACAGCCUCCAGUCUUCAGACCAUUUAGAACACCAGGCCCACAGCUGAUUCUCUCUACAUCUUACACUGUUUUGCAGUUAUUCCAGCUCUUUUUUUCUACUUCUAUGCUGCAGACAAUUGUAAAAAACACAAAUGCCCAUGGAGCGAGUAUGCAUAGAGGACAAAAACCGUGGCAGGAUAUUUCUUUGGACGAUCUAUAUUCAUAUCUGGCACUUGUAAUAUUCAUGGGUGUGGUGAAACUCCCAGCACUGACUGAUUACUGGCGGAGAUGUGACACUUUUGGGAUACCCUUUCCUGCUAAAGUCAUGUCUGCUAGGAAAUUUUAUUCAAUCUCCGCUGCACUGCAUCUCAGUGAUCCAAAGGUGGAUGCUGACAACAACAGAAAAAAAGGAACACCUGGCUAUGACCGUCUCUGCAAGAUAAAGCCAAUGUAUCUGGAAAUGAGAGAUGCAUGUAAGAACUUUUUCCAUCCGUUUCAAAACAUUGCUAUUGAUGAGAGGAUGGUGGCAACAAAAGCAAGGAAUGGACUAAAACAGUACAUGAAGGCAAAACCAACAAAAUGGGGAUAUAAACUCUUUGUACUUGCAGACUCACAGUGUGCAUACACAUGGGACUUUUUUAUAUAUGAGGGUAAAUCACCUGCAGCACACAUCCCACAGAACAAUGGACUUAGUUAUGAGAGUGUCAUGUCACUGGUUGAUGAGAAGAUGUUAGGAACAGGCUACAAAUUGUUUGUUGAUAACUUCUACACCAGUCCAACACUGUUUCGAGCUCUCCGUGACAAAAAUAUCUGGGCUUGUGGGACUAUUCGGUCAAACCGGGUGGGCUACCCUAAAACCACAAUAAACAAGCUUCCCAAGAAAGCUCCCCGUGGCACUCAUCGUUGGUUGAGAGAAGGAAACUUGCUGUUUGUGGAAUGGAAGGACACGAGAGAGGUACAGAUGUGCUCCACCAUUCACAGAGGGACAGGAGGAGGUGGUGUUGUAAAAAGGAAAGUGAAAGGAGGAAAUGGACAGUGGCAAUCUUUGGAUAUACCCGUUCCAGACUGUGUUGCAGAAUAUAACAGGUCCAUGGGCGGAGUUGAUGUCUCGGAUGCACUCAUUGGCUACUACACAGUGUCACACAAAACAAGAAAGUGGUAUCGUACCUUUUUCUACCACUUUGUGGACAUUGCUAUUGUAAACGCUUUCAUCAUCCACCGUCAGAUGGCCUGUAUGAGGAAUCAGAAGUCACUGGCACAGAAAGAAUUCAGAGAGCAGCUUGUAAAAGAACUUUUUGCAUUGGUGUACGGUACGGUUCCUUCACCUCGUACAUCCACCAGUAAUGAGACUCGUCACUUACCAGGGAACUUUGCUUCUAGCAGCACUAAAGGGAGGCGUCAAUGCAAAGUUUGUGCCCAAAAAAACCCUGUUUUUUGUAAGACUUGUUUAGUGGCGUUGUGCUUUCAGCCGCAACGUGACUGCUUCAAUGACUGGCAUAACGACCACUGACUAAACAGUACUUAUUGUACUAUGGGACAAUAGCAUUUUUUUAUUACCUUUUCCUCUGUGUCAUAUAGUACAUAUUUACUUUGUGCUUUCUUUUGGAAAAUGGUUACUUACAAUUUUUGAAGUUUUACAUUUUUUUAUUUAUCAUAUUUAUACUUAUUUUAUUUCACUUAGAUUCUUAUUGUUUUGUUGUUCUAAUAAAUCACUUAAAUAUAUUAAUUGGUCUGUGUAUUGUUUUUAUAAGCAUCAAAGAAGCAUGGAGCAGUGCAUAUGUUUUUAGAAGUAUCCAAAGGGGCUUCUUGGCACCUGGAUAUAUUCAUAAAAAACGGCUUGCAGGAACCUCAUUUU